ACUGCUUCUUCGGUUCUGCUACUACUCGAGCCGAGCCGAAACCUCCGGCAUCGAGUUCCGGGGAGCGUGCGCUGAAUUCUGCCUCCGCAUUAGCUGCGGUUUCUUGGAGGAUUCUUGGGGACGAGCUAGAACCGGUGGCCAGAGCCGGACAUGCCUAGCCGGGUGGGCGCUGACGAUGCCCGUGGCGGCCCCGGAGUGGGGGAGAUCGUGGACGCCAGCGGCGGCGUGCGCGAGAGAGCCGUGCCUCCUGGGAACCGUUCCGCGGCGCGGAAGACCGCGCGGUUCGCGGAGCCCGUCUCCGCGCCGCGCGGGAGCGGCAACGUCGACGACGACGACGGCGACGGCGACGACGGCGACGGCGUGGAGAUCACCUUCGACAAGCGGUACGACACGAUCGCGGUGCCCCGCGUGAGACCGGUGGCGCGCGGUGAGGACCCGUGCGUGAAGCUGCUGGCGCGGACGCCGGAGAAGCCGGAGUCCUCGUCCGGCCAUGCCGUGCUCAAGAACUCCUUGACGCGGAUCCAGCAGGAGACCCGGCGGGUCGCGUCCUUGAAACGCCGGGGAGGCGGCUUCGACAGGCCCAUGCCGUCCGCCCCCGCGCGCGCGCUCCAGGGUCUCAAGUUCGUCAGCGAGACACACGCCUCCAACGGAUGGACCGAGGCCGAGAGGUUCUACGACAGAAAUGUACGCCUCCCCCGCUCCAUGUUCGGCCAGUGCAUCGGUAUGAAAGAGGCCGCGUUCGCCGGCGAGCUGUUCGACACGCUGGGAAGGCGGCGGCGCAUCUCCGGGGACAGCAUCGACAGGGCGGAGCUGCGCGAGUUCUGGGAUCAAAUCUCCGACCCCAGCUACGAGAACCGCCUGCAGCUCUUCUUCGACAUGGUGGACAAGGACGCUGACGGGAGGAUCAGCCAGGUGGAGUUCAAACAGAUAAUUACAAUGAGCGCGUCGGCGAACCAGCUAACGGUGGGCGGACAGGACUUCGAGGAGUGUGCCCGGUUAAUCAUGGAGAAGUUGGACCCCGACGGCCUUGGCUACAUUGAGUUGUACGACCUAGAGACACUAUUGGUGAAAUUGUGGAAGGAACCCAAUCCUCUGAGGCGGUGGUACCGCCACGCCAGAUACUUCCUCAAGGACAAUUGGCGCCCCUGCUGGGUCGCGUCCUUGAACCGCCGGGGAGGCGGCUUCGACAGGUCCAUGCCGUCCGCCCCCGCGCGCGCGCUCGAGGGUCUCAAGUUCGUCAGCGGGACAGACGCCUCUGACGGAUGGACCGAAGCCAGGAGGUUCUUCGACAGAAAUGCACGCCUCCCCCGCUCCAUGUUCGGCCAGUGCAUCGGUAUGAAAGAGGCCGCUUUCGCCGGUGAGCUGUUCGACGCGCUGGGAAGGCGGUGUCACAUCUCCGGGGACAGCAUCGACAAGGCGGAGCUGCGCGAGUUCUGGGAUCAAAUCUCCGACUCCUGCUACGAGACCCGCCUGCAGCUCUUCUUCGGCAUGGUGGAUAAGGACGAUGACGGGAGGAUCAGCCAGGUGGAGUUCAAACAGAUAAUUACGUUGAGCGCGUCGGCGAACAAGCUAAAGGUGGGCGAACAGGACUCCGAGGAGUGUGCCCGGUUAAUCAUGGAGAAGUUGGACCCCGACGGCCUUGGCCACAUUGAGUUGUACGACCUAAAGACACUAUUGGUGGAAUUGUCGACGACGACCAACGGGGAUGAAUCGAGCAAUCCGAUGGCGGAACCCAAUCCUCUCAGGCGGUGGUACCACCACGCCAGAUACUUCCUCGAGGACAAUUGGCGCCGUUGUUGGGUGAUGCUCCUAUGGUUCUCCAUCUGCGCCGGUCUCUUUGCUUGGAAGUUCGUGCAGUACCGUCAUCGUGCGGUGUUCCAGGUGAUGGGCUACUGCGUGUGCGUGGCCAAGGGCGGUGCCGAGACGCUCAAGUUCAACAUGGCACUCACCCUCCUUCCCGUGUGCCGGAACGCCAUCACGUGGCUCCGGAGCCGCACCGUCGCUGGGCAGUUCGUGCCGUUCAACGACAACCUCAACUUCCACAAGGUGAUCGCGGUGGGGAUCUCCGCCGGGGCCGGUUUGCAUGUCUUCUCCCACCUAGCAUGCGACUUUCCGCGGCUGUUGCACGCCACCGACGACGAGUACAAGCCCAUGAAGCCGUUCUUCGGCGACGUCAAGCCGCCCAACUAUUGGUGGUUCUUGAAGGGCACGGAGGGGUGGACCGGGCUAGUGAUGUUGGUGCUCAUGGCCAUCGCCUUCACGCUCGCCACGGGGCGGUUCCGCAAUAGGAAACCCAGGCUUGCCAAGCCCAAGAAGCAGGAUGACAACCUCCCCCGGCACAAGAAGCGAGACAACCUCCCUAGGUUGCUCCACCGCCUCACCGAGUAUGGCGGCGCCUCACGCAACCGUCUCACUAUGCUCUUCUACGCCUUGCUCAAUCGUUUCACCGGGUACAACACCUUCUUGUACACACACCACCUCUUCAUCAUCGUCUACGUGCUGCUCAUCGUCCAUGGCCACUUCCUCUACCUCACCAAGAAGUGGCAAAAGAAGACGACGUGGAUGUACCUCGCGGUGCCGAUGAUCGUGUACGCGUGCGAACGACUGACCCGGACGCUGCGGUCGAGGGUGCGGGCGGUGCAGAAGGUCAAGGCGGUCGUGCACCCGGACCCGGCGGCCCUGUUGUCGCUGCACUUGUCCAAGCCGCAGGGGUUCAGGUACAAGAGCGGACAGUACAUCUUCGUCAAAUGCCCUGAUAUCUCGUCAUUCGAGUGGCACCCCUUCUCCAUCACAUCGGCGCCGGAGGACGACUACGUCAGCGUCCACAUCAAGGCGAUGGGCGACUGGACAAAAGACCUCAAGGACGCCUUCAAGGUUUGCGAGUCGUCGACGGAGGAGAAGAAGACCGAGAUUCUCCGAGUAGAGUACGACCAUGACAAGGCCAUGCCAACUCUGGGGGAUAGAAAAAAGUACCCGAAGGUGCUGAUUGACGGGCCGUACGGCGCGCCGGCACAGGACUACAAGCAGUACGACACCUUGCUACUGGUGGGACUCGGCAUCGGAGCCACACCCAUGAUCUCGAUCAUCAAGGACAUCAUCAACAACAUGAAGCGGCUUCCCGGGGACAUCGAGUCAGGCAACCCUGGCGACGGGAGCACGCCAUCAUCGUUCCGGACUCGCCGCGCCUACUUCUACUGGAUCACCCGGGAGCAAGAAUCCCUGGAGUGGUUCCGUGGGAUCAUGGACGAGGUGGCCGAGACGGACGAGCAGGGCGUCAUUGAGCUCCACGUCCACUGUACGAGCGUCCACGAGGAGGGCGACGCCCGGUCGGCGAUGCUCACUAUGGCCCAGUCCCUCAACCACGACGAGCACGGCAUUGACAUCAUCUCCGGCAGUCGAGUCAAGACCAGCUUCGGCCGAGCAAACUGGAGGGAAGUCUACCGACACAUAGCCCAGCGGAAUCAACGAAAACGUGUCGGAGUGUUCUACUGUGGCAUGCCGGCGCUGACGAAAGAGCUGCGCGAGCUUGCGAAGCUUUCCUCGAGAGAAACAAGCACAACAUUCGAGUUCCACAAGGAGAACUUUUAGUUUUGCCAGCCAUCCAGCCACAAGUUUCUCUUAGCGCGGAAACCGCGUUAAUAGCAAAGACCGGAUACUAGAUUGUCAUAGUAUACCAUUUUCUCAAAUACUACAUGGAGUAUGUGCACUUGUGCAUCGUCAUGUAACUAUGGUGUUUAUAUUGGCUACUGUAUUUAUUGUGCAUCAUGUAAUAAAUUGCUUAUGUUGGAAUACGAGUAAUGGACCUACUUUGUAAA